CAAUCAUGACGGAAACGCCCGAUAAGCGAAAACUGAGUGAAUUACGUGUGGUGGACCUAAAGCAAGAGCUGGAAAAACGUGGCAAGGAUGGUAAUGGGGUGAAAAAUGUACUGCUCGAGCGGCUCACACAGGCGUUGCGUGAGGAAGGUCAUGAUCCGGAAACGAUGGAGUUCGAAAUUGUGGUUGGUAAAGCGUCGGUCAAGAAGGGUAAAGCAAGCGCAGGUGGUAAGACAGACGAAGAAUCCAGCAGCACGGAUGCGUCGGUCAGUGUGGAUCAAGGUGCUGAUGCAUCCGAGACCGCCAACAACUCGACUUCCGACGCUGACAAACUGGGCGAUGAUGAUGUAGUAAUUACAAGUGAAACAACAAACGAUGAUGAUGAGGAUGAACAGGAUAUAAAAACGGAACCGAUGCAGCAGGAAGAUGGUGAGGAGAUAGAAUCGGAGACUGGAAAAGAAGCGGUGGAAGAGAAAGCAACUUUGAAGCAGGAGAAGGACGGCUUUCUGAAGCCAGCAGAAAGUGUCCAGCAAGAAAAAGUGGCCCCGAAACAGGAACAAUCCAAACCGGUUGAUAUGAAGGAAGACUCCAAAGAAGCGGAUAACGAGGAUUCUUUGAAUCUAACGAUCGGUGAGGAAGAUGAAAAAUUGCUUCACGAUAGCAACAUGGACACAGACCAAAAAGAGGUCGAAACACCGAAAAAGGAGGAAAAGGUGACCACCACAAAGACAAAGGAAAGUGCUUCGGAGGAGUCAAAGAAAAAUGAUGAAAAACGCGAAGGAAAGAUCGAGAAAAACGUGGUUGCCUCCAGCAAUUCGGAGAAAGACGGCGGGGUCACAAAAACAACAGCAUCAUCAACGGCGGCUUCAGCACGAUCCGGAGGCGAAAAGGCGUCCACAGCAGCGCCGACAAACAACAACACAUCCGCUGGAUCGGGCGGUGCUGUCGGAAAUGAUGAGAAAGCGAAGAGCAGCUCCGACGGCGGAAGCGGUGGUGGUACGGCUACUAACGUGGGUCGCAAUCUGUGGGUAUCGCGACUUUCUUCGCUGACGCGCGCCACCGAUCUGAAGCAAAUCUUUUCCAAGUACGGCAAAGUGAUCGGUGCAAAGGUGGUCACCAACUCGCGUACGCCCGGUACGCGUUGCUAUGGUUACGUGACGAUGGCAUCGGCAAAGGAUGCGACCGAGUGCAUCAACCAUCUGCACCGUACCGAGCUGCACGGCCGGUUGAUAUCGGUGGAACGAGCCAAGUCGGAACUCGGUCCGGCCCGCUCAUCCUCCACCGGAACCGACUCGUCAUCGGCGACGAAAGUGACCACAUCCAACGGUACCACUGCUUCUACGAAAAGUUCGUCCGGAGGUAAAAGUGAAGCACCGAAACCCAAAUCAUCAUCCUCAUCAGCUUCGUCCAACAACGAUAAGAAGAAAAAUGGUGAAGUUUCUAAGUCGACGACCACUAAUGCGACGACCUCCACCGAAAAGGACAGAAAACCAGCGCCGAAAGAUCGUGUCAAACCACGACCAGCAAUACGGCCGACAUCGGAUGGAAAGCGGCCAGUAUCGGCAGGUGCACCAAGGGCUGCUGGCAGUGAGAAGAGUUCUACCGGGGCUGGACGGAAAAGCAGUGACACUGCAGCAGCAACGACAACAGCAACAACGGCAACAUCCGGUAGACGCAGUCGUGAUCGGAGCCGAUCAUCCCGGGAUCGACGUUCGACCACGCACGGAUCAUCCCAUGUACGGGAUCGCGAUCGUGACCGGGACCAGCGUCAGCAGCGUAGCCGAGCCAAUAGCCGUGGAGUCGCAGCAGCAGGAGGAGUAGGAGGAGCGGCGACGGCGGCCUCAACCGGCAAAGAACCGUCGCGCGACUCUCGUGAAGUUCUGUCUUUGCAGAAGAUCCGGGAGGAACGGGAACGCCAUCGGCUACGGGAGCGCGAACGUCAGCUGCGCGAGGAAGAACGACGGCGCCGGGAGAUUCGGGCACGGCAGCGCGAGGAAGAGGAUCGACUGCAGCGGGAGCGGGAAAAACUGGCGGCCGAACGGGAACGCAUCGAAAAGGAGAAGGCGGAACUGCUGCGGAUCGUGCGUGAACGGCAGAAGCUCGAGCGAGAGAAGAUCGAACUCGAGCAUCUGGAGCUGAAACAGCAGCAAAGGAAGAUCGAGGAGGCAAAGAGGUCGUUGAAGCGUCCUUCAACCGAUCGGUACGAUGAUGACCGUAAGCGGCCUGCACCAGACCGACGAGUAGAGGCACCACCGCCACCAAGAUUCGACUCGUCGAUUUCGUCUAGUUCUGGUAGACGCAGCAACAACUACGAUCGCAUUUCAUCGUCAGAAAAAAAGGCCCGCCUGGACGAUUAUCCGCCCUCGUCCUCAUCGUCCACCUCCAAGCGGGACGAUUUCCGACGAGAUGGCUUCAAACGCGGAGGAGACGAUUAUAGGCGCGGAGGCGAUGACUACAAGCGUGGCAGUGGUGGAGACGAUUACAAACGUUCUGGUGGGGAUGACUUUAAGCGUGACUCGCGGGACGAUUACAAAUCCAGCAGCGGUCGGUCCGCCGAUGACUAUGGCAAGCGGGACAGUGGCUAUAGCAAGCGCGAUCUGGAUCGUCCCAUUUCCAGCUCGUACGAUGGGCGCGGAAGUGGUAGUAGUGGGCUUCUGUCGGGAUCUCUUGGCAAGGAGGGACGGUACAGUGAUCGUUCGAAUGACUACCGUGGUGGUGGUGGUGGUAGUGGCGGAGGUGGCACCAGUGGAGGCAGUGGAGGUCUCAAUGGUGGUAGUGGUGGAAGUGGUCGCGGUGGAGACGAUCGCGAUCGUACUUCGUCUUCGGGACGGUAUGGAAAUGAUCGUACGAGCGGUGGCAACAGUACGAGUUCCGGUGGCAAUUGGCACAACAAUACCGGAUUGUCGCAGAUCAGUGGAAUAUCGUCACUCGGAAAUUGGGGCGACAAAGCGAACGAUGGUGGCGGUAGUGGUGGAGGGGGCGGUGGUUGGCGCAAUUUGGACAAUGGUCAGGAUCGGUACGAUCGAACGUACAAUGAGCGCAAACCGAUACCGAUGUCUUCGGGUGGUGGUGGUGGUGGCGGCGGCGGCUUUAUGGAGCAGCCACGCACGAAUCAAUUUAUGGGCGGUAGUGGAAGACCCCAGGACCGGUAUGGACAAUCGAUGUCGAACCGGUUUGACAAUGCUCGAUACUAGC